AUGUCUUCACAAGACGGCGACCUCGAAGCGAUGGAGGGUCAGCUCCGAUGGUGGAGGACAGCGCAGGUGUGGUCGAGCAAGGUUGUUGACAUGGAGGAGGUCAAAGAUCAGAUAUACUUUGUUUUGCCUAUGAUACUUACAAAUGUUACAUAUUACUUGAUCCCUCUUGUAUCGGUCAUGUUUGCUGGCCACCUAGGCGACCUUGAGCUCGCCGGCUCUAACCUCGCCAAUUCCUGGGCUAAUGUCUCUGGUUUUGCUUUCAUGAUUGGCUUGAGCGGUGCACUUGAGACACUAUGCGGGCAAAGAUUCGGUGCGGAAAAGUACAGGAUGUUAGGAAUAUACCUUCAGGCAUCUUGUAUCAUUUCACUAAUCUUCGCAAUCGUAGUAUCCGUUCUGUGGUGGUAUUCCGACAUUAUACUGACAUUACUACAUCAAGAUCGUCAAAUUGCAAAAGCAGCCGGUCUCUAUCUCAAGUAUCUCAUUCCCGGUUUCUUCGCCUACGGUUUAUUGCAAAACAUAUUAAGGUUUCUACAAACACAAUCUGUUGUUAUGCCACUUGUCGUGUGCUUGUUUGUUCCUCUUGCCCUACACGUUGGAAUUGCCUAUACUUUGGUUCACCGGACCCCACUUGCAUACAGGGGAGCUCCAUUAGCAGCUUCGAUUUCGUUAUGGUUAUCACUUUUUAUGUUGGUCUUAUACGUUUUUAGGGCCAAGAAGAUUGAGAAAACUUGGGAAGGGUUCACUUCGGAGUCGUUGAGUCACGUUUAUUCCAAUUUAAAGUUGGCUUUGCCCUCUGCAGCUAUGGUUUGCAUGGAGUAUUGGGCUUUUGAGAUUCUUGUGUUGCUAGGUGGAUUGAUGCCAAACUCCGAAAUCAGUACCUCUCUGAUUGCUUUGUGUGUGAACUCAGAAGACAUCUGCUUCCUGGUUGCAUAUGGUCUAAGUGCUGCUGCCAGCACAAGGGUAUCGAAUGAGUUAGGAGCCGGAAACACGGAGCGAGCUAAGCGCGCGGUGGCCGUCAUUCUUAAACUGACAGUUGUUAUUGCACUAUGUGUUGUAUUAGCACUAUGUUUCGGACAUAAUAUUUGGGCUAGAGCCUUCAGUCACAGCCCUGUCGUCAUUAACGCUUACGCCUCGAUGUCACCCCUACUUGCGGUGUCCGUAUCAUUCGAUUUCGUUCAAGCAGUCCUAUCAGGGGUGGUGAGAGGAUGUGGUUGGCAGCAUUUGGGUGCUUUUAUUAAUUUAGGUACUUUCUAUUUUAUUGGCAUGCCUAUUGCCGGUAUUCUUGCUUUCAAGUGCAACCUACAUGCCAAGGGAUUGUGGAUUGGAUUAAUUUGUGGGCUAUCAGCACAGAUGGUAGGGCUGUUGUUGCUUACAAAGUUCGCAAAAUGGACUAGGGUAGAGCUAUCUCAAGAUUCAUCAACUCAAUCGGCGUAACCUCGCCAGGACGAAUAAUUACUUCAUUUUUAUUUAUUUUUUAAUGAAUAAAUAAAUUAUAUAAGCCAUAUUUGAUAUGUGAGAGUAAUAUUAGCACUUGAAUACAAAGGGUAAAUGAUGAAAGUAAGAAAUUUGUUUCUUGGUAU